AAAGAAGAAGAAGGGUUGCUGCAUGGUGACUAGCUACACAGCUUUAUCAACUAUUAGUCUCUUUAUAAAUCAUUUAUGGCCACGGAAACUAAUACAGAAGAACAAGUGAUGAGUGAAACCUCAUGGAUAUCAGUGAGUCCUAGUGGUCUUUGGGAGGUACACAGAAGGUGGAAGGGGGAAAGAAAGCGAGGAGACGACACUCCUCUAUUAGGGUCUAUAUGCAAAAUCAGAGUGCGUCUCAAGAACUCCACAGAAGUUAAUAUCCAGCCUCUGAGUUCGAAUGAAACCGAGCCGGCAGUGAGUGACGGUCCUGUGCAGGUUACAGAGUAUCCUCGCUCACAGGAGUCAGUGCUGCAGGUUCCACUGGACACGUGGAUGAUGCUGCGUAUGGGAGAGGGACAGUGUGACAUUAUAGAGGGCUGUUUGGAGGGAAUGAGGGCUGGAGAAACCUGUGAGUUCACAGUAAGGCCUCAUCAACAGCAUCUGAAAAUGGCAUCCAGUGAUAUUCAUGCUGCCCAGUUAGAGAGAACAGGAGAGGAGAAACAGGUGAAAAGUGAGUGUUUUUCUCUGCAGCUCCACUCCUUCACUCCAGGGAAGGAGUCCUGGCAGAUGCUCCCUGCAGAGAAGUGGAUCUGGGUGCUGUCUCAUAAGCAGCGAGGCAGCCAGCGGUUCAGCAAGGGAGACAUUUGGGGAGCAAUGCAUUCUUACUGUUGUGCUGUUAAGCUGCUCAUCACUUUAAAAGGACAAACCAGAGGGAAAGAUGGGGUUCCGAACGUUGAUGGAAGCAGGGCCUGUGAUAAGGAAAGGGACUUUGAAACACAAGCAGUAAAUAGAGAGACAGAAACCAAAAGCACUCGCAUCCAAACUGAAGCGGAGUAUAGAACUAUGAAAGCUGAACUCCACUCUAAUCUUUCACUGUGCCAACUCAGGCUUGGCCAGCCAGCAAAAGCCAAGGACAGCAGCAGCAAAGCCACUGCACUGGAUCCAGCGAACAUUAAAGCCUGGUAUCGCUUUGGCCAGGCCUGCCUGCAGUUGGAAGACUUUGUAGAAGCACGCCAAGCUUUUGGCAAAGUCUUAGAACUCCAACCAAGUUCUGCCUCUGCCCAAAAUGCCUUGAAACAAGUAAAUGCAAAAGCAAAAGAGUUUGAUAGUAAGCUUGGACAAAGGCUAAGCAAAAUGUUUACCUAAGAAUUUGCAGACAAACCAGGAUCUGCAUAAGUGUGAAUAUGAAUCAAUAUAUUAAAGAUAAUUAGGAAUAUAUUAACAGCCCACAGCACUUAAAUGUAGCUUAUCAAAAAUAUUCAACAUUACAAGAGCCCAUGAAGCUUGUGUGGUAAUGUGAAACUGUUAACAGGGGAUUAUAAUAUAAGAAAUAUUGUUGUUUGCAUGGUGGUGGUGGUAUUGUGGUUGUAUGCUGAACAAAUGCCAAUAAAACUACUUAUAAACAUGAAA